AUGGCAGACAGCACAACAACCUUCACCUUCAUUGUCCUCCUGGGCCUUGGACUGUUUGAGGGCCUAUGGGACCAGGUACAGGCAGGAGUCGUCCCCAAACCCUCUAUCUGGGCUGACCCAGGCCCCAUUGUCACCAACGGGAGCUCUGUGACCAUCUGGUGUCAGGGAUCUCUGCAGGCUAGUGCCUACGUUCUGUACAAAGAGAGGGGCUCUGAGCCCUGGGAAACGAGGAUCCCAAAGGACUCCAGCAACAAGGCCGGUUUCCUCAUUGGAGCCACGACCCCAUCCCACGCAGGGCUGUACCAGUGUGCAUAUUACUCCACUGGGAACAUACUCUCAGAGCAGAGUGACCCCCUGAUCCUGGUGGUGACAGGAGUGGGCCGUGCACCUUUCCUCUCAGCCCAGACAAGCCCUGUGGUGGCCUCAGGAGGGAACGUGCGCCUCUCCUGUUUUAGCCCUUGGUUCAUACCGGACUCUUUCCAUCUGCUGAAAGAGGGAGGGGCUGACCAUUCUGGACUCGUGGAAUCAGAACCCAGGUUCCAUCGUUGGUGGAUGGGGAGGAACGAGGCUAUCUUCCCUCUGGGCCCUGUGAACACCACCCAUGGGGGCACCUACAGAUGCUAUGGUUCUCAAAGGUCCAACCCCAACGUGUGGUCACAGCCCAGUGCCCCUCUGCACAUCGAGGUCACAGGUGUGUAUAAGGAGCCUGCCCUCACGGCCCAGCCAGGCACGCUGAUGCUGUCUGGACACAGCCUGACCCUCCAGUGCCAUGCGGAGGCCGGCUUUGACAGGUUCGCGCUGACCAAGGACGAGGGGCUCACACACCCCUGGCGACUUGAUGGGCAGCGCAGCCCUGACUUCCCCCUGGGCCAUGUGAACCGCACCCAUGGGGGCCGGUACAGAUGCUACAGUGGACACCAACUCUCCUCUGCAUGGUCGGCCCCCAGCGCCCCCCUGGACAUCCUGGUGGCAGGAAUGUCCAGGAAACCCUCCUUCUCAGCCCAGCCAGGACCCUCAGUGCCCUGGGGAGCGACCUUGACCCUGCAGUGUGGGGCUGAGAGCUGGUUGGACACCUUCCACCUGCACAGGGAGGGGUCACUGGACCCUCCCCAGCACCUUCGUCUGCAGAACACGUCUGUACCCUCUCAGGCCACCUUCACCCUCAGUCCUGUGACCUCAGGCCACCAGGGGACCUACAGGUGCUAUGGCUCCAACAGUUCCUCCCCCUACCUGCUGUCACAGCCCAGCGACCCCCUGGAGCUGGUGGUCUCAGACUACAUGGUGGAGAAUCUCAUCCGGAUGGGCGUGGCUGGCUUGGUCCUGGUGGUGCUCGGAGUGCUGCUAUUUCAGGCUCGAAAGGACACCAACAUGGCCCUCCAAGGAGCCAGGAUGUGA